UAAAUGCUUUCCCGUGUUACCCUCCGUACUCGUCAUUCAUUCUUCAAACGUCCUCCAGACAAAUGUUUUUCUCAUCAAAUACCUGCAAAGCAGCAGUCAGGCGCUCAACUUGCAGCCAAAUCAUUCGCAACUUCAGAACCUCAACCCGGAACAUGGCGUCUGGAAGCAAACAGCAGCCAGACUAUUCUUCACUAAAGCCGAAGUCGGCACCGAGCCUGGACUGGAAGCCAACAGGACCGAUAGACGUCACAAAGCCAGCGAAACCGCAUUGGAAGUACGGCGAGGGCGCCAACGACGGGGAGAAGUCUCUGCUACGGAAACACGUUGAGAUUGAUCCUUUCGCCAAAAAUCGCUCCAUGUUCCAGAACUACACGCUCCUGAUUUCUGGGAUCGCACCACGACCGAUAGGCCUACUCAGCACUGUUUCCAAAGAUGGGACCGCAAAUCUCGCGCCGUUCAGCUACUUCCAGGUCGUCGACCAUGAUCCUCCUGUCUUCGUUGUGGGCUUCAGUGGCCGCGCUGCGAGACCUAAAGACACAUUGAAAAACCUCGAAGAGACCGGCGAGUGCACCAUCAACACCGUAUCCGAGCACAUGAUCGAAGCGGUCAACGCCUCUUCGCUCGACGCACCGUACGGCAUCUCCGAAUGGGACGUUUCGGGCUUGCAUCAAGCGCCCAGCUCCACCAUCAAGCCUGCGAGGGUCCAGGAAGCCGUCUUCUCCGUCGAAGGAAAAGUUUUGAAGAUCGUCGACUAUGACACCACGAGGCCUUCUGCUGGCGCGCACGGCAGGCUGGCGAUUAUAGAAGCAACGCGCUUCUGGGUGCAGGAGGAUGCGACGGAUGAUGCUCGAAGCCAGUUUGAUCUUGAGGUUCUGCGGCCUGUGGGUCAGCUUGGUGGUGCUUCGUAUGCGCGUAUUACGGAUACGUUUGAGCUGCCGAGGACGAAUUGGAUUAAGGCUACCGCUAAUGAUGAUCCUACUUUAAAUGGGUUGAAGCAAGGCUCAGCGGGGAAACUGUGAGCUUUGUUAGAGGGCCCGGAUAAUUUGCCCACCCCUUCUAGAUAUUUUACUCACCCC